UCUUCUCCUGCCCGUCCCACAUUAGUGCCGUCUGUGUCGGGUCUGCAACGGGGUCUCUUCAAACUGUGCCAUUUUACUGCAUGCUUAAACUUUAAAGGGUGGAGUAAACAAGCACUAUUUAAGGAGGACAAGAGGGUUACUUUUUUUCUCCAAAGGAGAAGGACACCUACCUUUUCCAGGAGGGAUUUGGUUUAUCGUCGUGUUGUGAGGAGUUGAGAACAAGUGUCUGGAUUUCUACUUGGAAUAUCCCCGUUCAACUGGGCAUUACAUAGGCCUAUUGUGUGCACUUCUUUAUAACUGGUGCCCGUUCCCCAUCGCUGUCCUUAGGGUUUGUGUGUGUGUGUGGGUGUAUUGUGUGUGUGUGGGACAGAAAGGCAACAAACUCUGGGGGUGUCAGUGUGCACGUGCUAAACCAUUGCACUGCAAAGGGAGUGAUCCCUCGUUUAUCUGGUAUUAUCCCUCACUCUCCUCGUUUAUCUAUCGUCCCUCACUCUCAACCCUUUGUUCUGAGAUUAAUCAUGGCCUCCUUUAAGACGUGGCUCUUGGGACUGUUCCUAGCCCUGCUCUGUACCUUCCAGACCCCUCUUGCCCCUGGCGUCAAGGCUCAAGACCUGCCGCUGGCCCCCCAACAGGAUGUAGUAGCUGAUGAUGAGGGGGAGCAUGCAGCGGAUGUAGGAGGAGAUGACGACGACGAUGAUGAUGAUGAUGGGGACAGUAAAGAGGACGACGAGGAUGAUGACGACGAUGACGACGACGACGACGAUGAUAACGACGAUGAUGAUGACGACGAUGAUAACGACGAUGAUGACGACGACGAUGAUGACGACGAUGAUGAUGACGACGAUGAUGAUGACGACGAUGAUGACGACGAUGAUGAUGACGACGACGAUGACGACGAUGAUGAUAACGACGAUGAUGAUGAUGACGACAACGAUGAUGAUGACGACGAUAACAACAACGAUGAUGACGACGAUGAGGAUGACGAUGAUGACAACGAUGAUGAUGAUGAUGACGACGAUGACGACGAUGAUGACGACGAUGACCACACUGAGGCUGACGGUAAUGAUGACGAUGAUGAUGAUGAUGUACCGGCUGCAGCUGAUGACGACGAUGAUGAUGAUGAUAGUGAUGAUGAUGAUGCAGCUGAUGACGAUAAUGGUGAUGAUGAUGACGAUGAGGAAGAGGAGGAGGACGAUGACGGUCAACUGUAUCACAAAGGAUCCCUCUGUUCAUACUGUGAAUACUGUGAGCACUGUGACACCUGCAACAAGUGCCCAUGUGCAGAGGGAGAUGAGUCUGCGAACUGUGACAGCUGCCAGAUGUGCAACUUCUGCUACGUGUGUCCCAUUUGCAGCACACUUUGCCAACCAGGUGGUUUUCUGGACGAGCUGACUGGAUCAAUCUAUAAGACUGUAGCCGACGUCUUCGAAGCUGACAAAUAAGCCCCUGUCGCCACCAUGUGGCCAAGGAAGAUGCUGCAGCCAAGGGAUUGUAUUGUCUCUUAGAUUCACUGUCAUUAUUUUCAUUUUUAAUAAGUUAUAAAUAAUUUUUCUGUAUUUUUUGUUGUUGACUGAGAACACCACAAACAUGCAAACUGGAUAUAGAGAUAUUGGAUAGAUUGGAUACACAUAUUGGAUAUAAUGGAUAGCCUAUAGAAGUUGUAAUGAGAAUAACUUUAAUUGAGAUAUUUGUGUAUUAUUGUUAGAUGACAGGUUUAUGGUAUUCUUCUCAGGAACAUGCAUUCGUAUUUUAAAGUCAUAUCUGUGUUUCUUAAACACAGUGGGGUUGUAUGAAAUAAACUAAAGGGGAAGUUUUAAA